UGUUUUUGAUUUUGACCACAACCUAACGGAUCGAAAAUAGAAGGCAUCCAAGUGCUGUACCUGUAUAUAUAUACUAGUAGCAAAUGAGCAAUCCUGGGAAACUUCUUCUUUCUUUUCUUGACUUGCAUUCUUGUUCUUGAUACAACAAAAAUGGCUAAUGAUGAGGUGAUUCUGUUGGGUUUCUGGCCAAGCAUGUUUGGCAUGAGGCCUAGGAUUGCACUUGAAGAAAAAGAGGUAAAAUAUGAGUAUAGAGAAGAGGAAUUGAUGGAAGCCAACAAGAGUCCACUGCUUUUACAGAUGAAUCCUAUCCACAAGAAAAUACCAGUUUUGAUUCACAAUGGAAAACCAAUCUGUGAGUCUUUUAUUGCAGUUGAGUAUAUUGAUGAAGUGUGGAAGGAUAAAGCCCCUUUGCUUCCUUCCGAUCCUUAUGACAGAGCACAAGCUAGAUUCUGGGCUGACUACAUUGACAAAAAGUUGUAUAUUCCUGCAAAGACGAUACAUAUAACAAAGGGAGAUGAGCAGGAGGCUGCUACGAAAGAAUUCAUAGAAGUCCUUAAAGUGCUGGAGGGAGUACUGGGAGACAAGGCUUAUUUUGGAGGGGAUAACUUUGGUUAUUUGGAUAUUGCUCUGAUUGGGUUCUACUGCUGGUUUCAUACCUAUGAGACUUACGGUAACUUCAGCAUAGAGGCUGAGUGCCCAAAGAUUGUGGCUUGGGGCAAGAGGUGCAUGCAGAUGGACAGUGUGGCGAAGAUUUUGCCAGACCAACAGAAGGUCCUUAAGCUUGCAAAAGUUCUUAGGCAGAUAUAUGGACUUGAAUAACAUAUGCUUAUGCAAUUAGGCAUCAUAAUGUAUUGAAAAAAAGGCACCUCGUCCUGCCUUAUUCAGUUGUUAUUUGAAGAUUUGAAUUGUUUGUUUGUACUUUGGUCUUAGUCUAAGAUUUGAAUAAAGGGACUCUUAGGCCUUAGCUUGUGUCCUGUUGGGAGUUAGCUUUUGUGGUCUUGUAAUCUAAUUCUGUGGUAUUUUUCGUGAUGAGAAGUAAUAAAGAGCAUCAUCUACAACAACAA